UGUUUCUCUUCCUUAAAACCUCUUCCUUAAAACUUCUUCCACAAACGCUGUCUUAAAAAGCCUGAAACUGUGAUUUCUGACACGGAAACACGUGGCAGUCUGCGACCUUUAUAUAUGCACGAGCUUAUAGAAACCAGAGACUCAAGUGGACUCCCGGUAUCUUCUUGCUCUUCCUCUCUUUCAAUCCAAAACCUUUUGAACCCUCUUGGCCACUGAUCCAAAAGUGACCAAAUUUGAUUGCAGACGAAGAAAGAAAGAAAGGUUCCGAGAUGGGUGAGAAAAGGCAGAGAAUGAUUGCAUUGAAUACCUUUUUCUUUCUGGGUCUGCUUGCAACUUUCCCUGCAGGCUGUUUCUCUGAUGUUAUCCAGCCCUCCCUGAUGAAUAAAAAGUCAACCCACCCCACGGGCUCUAAUCGUUUUGGCUCCUCCGUUGUUUUCCCCGUCCAAGGGAAUGUUUAUCCUCUUGGGUACUACUUUGUGAACCUCAACAUAGGCCAUCCACCCAAGCAGUAUGACCUUGAUAUUGAUACUGGCAGUGACCUCACUUGGGUCCAAUGUGAUGCACCUUGUACUGGUUGCACUAAGCCCCGUGAUCGCCUUUAUAAACCGAGCAACAACGUUGUCUCUUGUGGUGACCCUGCAUGUGCUGCCAUGCACUGGCUGGGAAAUUCCCAUUGCAAGGACCCGAAAGAGCAAUGCGACUAUGAGGUCACGUAUGCCGAUCAGGGUUCUUCUCUUGGUGUGCUGGUCAAGGACUACUUUCCCCUUCGGUUUACCAAUGGCUCUAUCAUUGGUCCCCGUUUGGCCUUUGGGUGUGGGUAUGACCAAAAAUAUAAUGGGCCACACUCUCCACCAUCCACAGCCGGAGUCCUUGGCCUCGGCAAUGGCAAAGCAAACAUAGUGUCACAAUUGAAUGCUAUAGGUCUAACAAGGAAUGUGGUCGGACACUGUUUAAGUGGGCGAGGGGGAGGGUUUUUAUUCUUUGGAGAUGAUCUUGUCCCUUCUUCAGGAGUCGUAUGGACACCAAUUUCUCGCAAUUCCGCCGAGAACCACUACUCGUCAGGACCAGCUGAGCUUCUUUUUGGUGGAAAGUCUACCGGCGUAAAAGGCCUCCUUGUGGUCUUUGACAGUGGAAGUUCUUACACUUACUUCAAUUCCCAAGCUUAUCAAGCCACAGUCAAUCUGAUAAAAAAAGAACUAAAUGGAAAGCCAUUAAAAGAUGCAGCAGAGGACAAAUCCCUUUCAAUCUGCUGGAAAGGCAAAAAGCCUUUCAAAUCUGUUGGUGAUGUCAAGAACUACUUCAAGCCUCUGGUACUGAGCUUUACAAAUGCCAAGAAUGUUCAGCUGAAUUUACCACCUGAGGCUUAUUUAAUUGUCACGAAAUUUGGCAACGCAUGCUUGGGAAUUUUGAAUGGCGCCGAAAUAGGACUCGGAAAUCUUAACAUAAUCGGAGACAUUUCUUUGCAAGAUAGAAUGGUGAUUUAUGACAACGAAAAGCAGCAGAUUGGAUGGACUCCUGCAAAUUGUGAUAGGCUUCCGAAUGUGGAUCGUGAUUAUAAUGAAGGUUUUUCUCAGCCUUCCGCAGCCAAUUAUGCUUUCUUAGCUGCAAUUUAUGCUUCCUGAGAAGAUCAAUAAGCUUGUAGGCCAAAAAAGCUCCAAAGCCAGAGGUAAAGGCAUAUAUAUAUAUAUUGGACGGAUGCAUAAGUUUGUUUUGGCAGUUAGAGGUUUACAAGUGUUCCCUUUUGUACACUUUAUAAUCUACAAGGUAGGAAAUGUAAAUGGGUAUAUCCCAUACAGAAACUAAGUAAUACGAAUGUUAUGAUACAAAAGGUAGGAGUUCUUGUAACAACAA